AUGUAUUGCAAUUUAAAUACAAUCUGCUAUAUUGAUCAACAUAAUGAGACAGUUAGAAAGUCAAGUUUUGCUAUGAGCAUUGUUAAUUCACAACAUCAAAAUAUUAAUAUAUAUGUUCACGUUAUUGCAUUCUACCCAAAAGACAUAAUACGAGAUAAUGACUUAGAGAGAUUUAACCAGGAAGAUAUUAUCCAAAUACAAGGAAAUUUUCUGUUGUUGAAACAGAAAAGAUCUUCCUUAUGCCCAUUAUCUGUUAUACUAGAAGGUGUUGUAUCUGAUAAUCCUGAUAUUGGUUAUGCUUGGGAAAAAAAGCAGACUGAGGAUUCUUUUACUCAACAAUCAUCAGCUGAAAUAGUUAAUUCAUCAUCAAUGAAACAAAAAAAAAAGAGGAAAAUGCCAAACAUCAGUUUUAUCUCAUUCACAAAAGAUUCCAAAGCUCCAUCAUUACCUGAUGAAGAUGAUGAUUCUCAAAAUGUAAUUAGUAACAAACAGGAGGAAGAAACCUUAACAGAUAAUACUGUAGAUGAAUAA